AUGCUGCACAGGAAGCUGCAAGCUGCAAGUGGUGAAAAACUAAACGGCAGGGACAAGGAGGCCAGGCCAGGUGGCCGCGGAGGGGGGCGGCCAAGGCCACCAAGAGGUGGGGCGUGCCUGGAGCCCACCCACGUGCCCCUGCCCUGCUGCCUCUCCCUGCUCAGCAACCCCCGUCCGUCGCCCCCGCCCCACCCUGCUCGGCUGCAUCCUGCUCGGCUCCCACCCACGGGGCCCCCCAGGCAGCUCCUGGUCCAUCGCCAGGCUCAGCCUCUUCUAAAGCCUUGUAAUGUUGGGGUGCUCCUGGCCUGGUCACCUCGCACCCCGCACCCUUUCCCUAGUGCCCUCAGCUUCGCACGCAGUGUCCCGGUCACUCUGCUCACCCCUGAUCCCGCCUCAGGCCCUCCCAGGCUCCUGACCCCCCAGCAGUGCCAUUUUACUCCCCAGGGGCACCCCGAGGCCACUACCCUCCACCCAGGCUGCUCUCCCCUCAGGCUGAGGGGCCCUCAAGGUCCAGCCACAUCUGAACCCUCUUUCCUCCACUGCCCCCCCAAAAGGCUGCUGCCUUUGCAGCCACCCCCGGGACUCCGCCUGCAUCGGGGUGUCCUCUCCCCACAGGCCCCGGCCGGUGCCCGGUGCCCCCAGACACCCUCGCAGCCCCGGAGCUUCUCUCCCGCCGGCCACGUCCUCCCUGGCCACAGCCCUGCCCAGGCUGACCCGCCGCCUCCAGCCCUCACGCCCACAGCCCCUCCUCAGCAGGAUGUGGAAAGCCAGAUGCCCACCCGAGGGAACGCAGCCAGCCUCUCCCAGGCCCGCCCGGCUCGGCCCCAGCCUCGUCUCCCCCUGACCCAUCGGCCUUGCGGCCCCUGCUGCCUCAUCCCCUUCGGUGCCAACCAGAGCCCAGGCCGCCUCCACCUCGGGCCGUGGCCCCUGCUGCUGCCCUGCUCAGUUCCCGUGCUCCCGGGCACCUCACACAGAACUGAGCGCAGGGUGGAUGCUGAGGGAAUGAAUGAUGGCACCGACGGCGUCUGCAGGCCCUUCGCGCCCGGGCUCUGUCGCUCUCAGCCUCUGGCCUCGGUGGCCCCGCUGUCUCCUAAACGGCUCCAGCAGGAGGAUGGAGGCGCCAUGGGGCGGCCCCAGGUGCAAUGA